AGCAAGGUUCGCUACUAGGGGCUCCUGGCCUUACUACUAGGAACAAGAAGCUAUUAGGAUCGUUGGGCCAAGCGCAUCUUCUCAUCUGCUCCUUGCUCAGCUGCAGAUUGCCCAAAGGCUGCCACAUAUGUGAGGAAGUCACACAGCACAUGCGUUUCUAGUUUUAUCAUGUGCAAAUCAGAGGAGUCGUGAUCUGGAGUGAUCAAGGAGAUUGAAGCCCUACGAUGGGAUCAUGCCUAAAUUGGCAGCUAAAAACCCGCGGCAAUGGGCAGGUGCCCAGGGAAGCAUGCUGGCCGUUGAGUUUGACUCAUUUGACUUAUUCUUCAUGAAAUGGUCAUAGCUGGUGCCCGCCGAGCUUUGGCAGCGCAUGUCUAUGUGUCAGAGGGCCGCGAUAGGCAAAUCAUCUCCAAGUUAGCCACUGCAGGUGCAGCGGCUGGAGCAAUUGUUGCGAAUGAGUUCAUGGAUCCUGUGUACAAUCGAUCAGGACUAACUUUGGCAUCAACGGAUGCAAGAAAAGUCGAGGUUGGUGUGAGCGCAAUCUGUAGCGAAGCACUGCGAGCGUUGGACUUGAAAGGGCAUGUGGCGACGCACCCACGGCUUGGUCUUGUCGACCAUGUUGCUUGCAACCCGUUGGGUGCUGCAACCUGCGCUGAGGCAGCUGAGCUGGCUGCCCGAAUUGGAAAACACCUUGGAGAGGGUGAUGGAUGCCGGGUGGCAGUGCCCGUUUUCUUCUAUGGGGCGGCGCGUGAGGACUUCAGGCCUUUGGCUGAACUACGAAGGAGCUUAGGGUACUUUGGUGGUGCCGCCAAGGGUGAAUGGUCUGGCCUUUCGGAAGAGAUGAAGCAGGCGAUUGUCAAGCUCCGUGCAGAUCAAGGUCCAGUGGGGCAGGUCGAUGACCGCUAUGGGGUCGCUGUAGUUGGAGCCGUGCCUUGGGUGCAUAACUACAAUCUGCUUGUUGCCGCUGACCUGGGCCAGGCUGAACUCAUGGCUCGGUGCCGACGGAUUGCCAAGAGCGUCAGCGAGAGGGGUGGUGGAUUGAGAUGUGUGGAGACCAUGGCACUUCCCCAUGACCACGGUGUGGAGGUGGCUUGCAACAUCCUGGAUGCCGACAUUAGUCCACCGGCAAAGGUGCCAGGAACUAGCUAGGAUUGGUUAGUUUCAAGCUUGACACAUUGCCGUUGGAUCAGGAAGCUGCCCUUUCAUUCGUUGCACUUUGUUACGCUCUUUGUUUUUUUUUCUCUUGCUUUUCCGCUGCCGCCAGAAACGAAGGAUGGGAGCAUUCCAACCGUAGCUUUGGAGGGUCGAGCGGGCCGAAAGGGGUCUCGGCGUCUUGGCCGAGAGACGAGCGCUGCAUGGGCUCUGUCUGCCCUGCUUGUGCCUUCGCUUGCCACAGCACUGGCUCUGACGAGAGAGGCGACCCGCUAAUGGAAGGAGCCCAAGGUGAUGAAGCCUUUCUCAACAAGUUUUCGCGGCAAAAUGCUGCCUUUGGUGCCGAGGUCACCCUGAAGAUGACCAAGAUGAGAGCUUUAGUUGUUGGUUGCAGCGGGGUUGCUGUCGAGAUUGUGAAGAACCUGGUGCUUCAAGGGCUCGGUGCUGUGACCCUGGUUGACCCAAAACCUGCAAAGAUCCAGGAUUUGGGCACGAACUUCUUUUUAUCAGAGGCAGAUGUUGGGAAGCCGCUGGCUGCCUUACUCGUGCCCAAGUUCCAGGAACUGAACCCCUUCUGUGACGUUUGCAUUGCAGACGCACUCACCGCAGAGGUGGUGCAACAACACACCGUGUUGCUCAUUUGUGAGAGCAUGCCUUUGACAGAGUUGCUUAAGUGGAACGCAUAUUGUCGGACUUUGCUCCCAAAGCCCGUGGCAUUCCUCUACGUGCGAACCGGUGGCGUUUUUGGCAACGUCUUCGUUGACUUUGGACCUUCGCACGUUCUGGUGGAUGCAAACGGGCAGGC